GAGUGCUCUCUUUGACCACAUUCUUUCACAAAAAAUAAAUAACCCUCAGUAAGAUUAUUGACAGGAUGUUGUACAUGUGGCUGUUGGACUGCAACUCCUAUAUUGUCUCAGCAUUAGCUAUGCUUUUGGGACUGAUGGGAGUUGUAGUCCAACAACAUCCUGAAGGCUUUAUAUUAACUACUUUGAGAUUAUGCUGGGACACACUUACACUUUAUUAAAGGUGGGAAGAGGAAGUCCGUCAUCGAGACCGGGCCUCACAAGCUGGGGACGUGAGACCACCAGCUGUCAGCAGGGUUCCUUUCCCCCCUUCAUCUUCAACCCCCACAAAGGGCUUUCCCUUGGAAGAGGCUGGUGCCUGCUUGCUUCUCCCCCAGCCUCACACCACCCUCCUUAUUAGCAUGUGGCUACUGAUAGAUAGAUAAAAACUUCAUUACAGUCAAAGACCAGCUCCAUUCAAUAAAUACAUAGAUUUAAAGAAGAAAAUACCUAAAAGAUUGUCUUAUAACCCCACUCGGAUUAAUAAAUACUUUGACACAAUAUCAGUCAUCCUAAGUCGGUGACAUUCCCAGACUUUGUCCUUGUCCAACUAGGUAGGGCCACACUCCCUCAGGAUCUGUCUUUGGACACCCAUUGUGGCCGCCAAGUAUUUAGCAAUGAUGUUUGUUAUUGUCGGGUUAGUGUCAGACAGCAGUAUAUAGAUAUAUUGUUCCAUAUGGCCCAGGAAGUGAUUCUUCAGUGAGGAAAUGAAUGCAGUGCAAAUAUCCCUGCAGAAUGUGCACCUCGACAGUUUCUGUCUGUUUCAUCCCACAGCGGCAAAGGCUCUCUGACCAGGGAAACUUUUUAUACCAUCCCUCCGAAACUGCCCAGGGGAGUGUGUUAAGGCAGGCCAAGACUUUGUCCUUGAAAACACGUAAGAAGAGGGCAACAUUCAUGGAUGUAGCUUUGACAGAGGACGAGGAAAUGGGUGCAUCCUUGGCUGGGAACUUUGAACUGCAAUAUGAGGCUUUGUCCCUGAAGAAGCAUAAGAAGCCCAAGAACCAAAGGGAUAUAUCCUGGCCUCAGGUCUUUAAGCUGCAAAAUCAGGGUGGUUUUUGGCAGCUUACUCCUGAGCUAGGGACUCAUUUGGGUCUUGAUAUAGAUUAUGUAGUCAAUGUUCAGCUUACAAAAAACGGGAUUCAGUCACUUGGUCUGAAGAGAAAAGAGAAGCUGCUGCAGUUGAUUGCUACACUUCUGGUGCUGCAGCUUGUAUGGUUCACUAAACUGGAAGGCAUCAUCUUCAAAUCUUUAAUGAAAUUGAAUGAGUCUCCUCCAUCAUGGUAUGUUUUGGGAGCAAAGUUGACAUUAGAUGUUGAGUUGCCUAAGAAAAUUUGGAUUGGGAGAAAGGGCUAG